AUGGUGCAAGACGCUUCUUCUGCUGGGGGUGCGGGGACUGCAGACUUUGCUGCUAGAUCUCCAGAAUCAGAGCGACCUGCUCCUCCACCCCCGAAGAGUCUUUCGGAGAGCGAUAUGGACGUCUCUAAUGCAGCCCGGUCCGAACCAGUUGACGAUCAGCACCUUAAGCCGCUUCCAUCAGCAGCCGAAGCAUCCAAACUUGGGAACGGCAGCGAUGACAGUACAGCCUCAUCAGUAAACUCGGCCGCGACUGCCCCCGAGAGCUCGAAGUCCAAGUCGAGUGGUGAUGCAAUUUUCUCCAUUCUCAACGCGAGCAAUCCUACUACCGGAGCAUCCACCCCCGAUCCCAUUUCUACAUCGUCCUCGAAGCAAGGAUAUCUAGGCGUUGAAGAGGAAGAGGACCCAGGCGACAGACGAAUUAAGUAUAGAUCUGCUACCGAUUUGGAAUCCGCUGGACGUCACGCCAACAAACUCGAGUUUCAACAACGUCCACAUCCCAGACACACUCGCGGUGAAUCCUUCAGUUCACGCCGCUCCGGCAGCACCGAGAUUCCGCGCAGUCAGGUCAAAAGAGCCCAAACCUUCCAGGACGAUGCCCCUGGCCUUCUCCCUUCUUUCACGCAAACCGCGGAUCAGGGUAUGGGAACGAGAUCUCGCAGACUUUCGACUAAUAUUCCCAACGAGUUUCCUAUAGAAUGCUGUCCUCUGGAGAAGGAGUUCAAAACGUCUUCCAGGAUGCCACUGAGGCGACCAAAGCAGAUUGGUGAAGGCGGCUAUGCAUGUGUCAAGCUUAUGAGGCGGCGAGGAGAGACCCCAGACCAUCUUUACGCCGUCAAGCAGUUCCGUGGCCGCGACUCGUGGGAGACUGAGGACGAUUACGUGAAGAAGGUCAAGUCCGAGUAUUGCAUUGCCAAAUCUUGUCACCACCCUAACAUCAUCGAGCCCAUUCGUCUUUGCUUUUCACACGGCAUCUGGAGCGAAGUCAUGGAAUACUGUCAUAACGGAGAGCUCUUCGGUCUUCUCGAGAAGAAGUACUUGACCAUAAACGACAAGUACUGUUUCUUUAAACAGUUGUUACGUGGCGUUGAUUAUCUCCACAACCACGGAAUAGCUCAUCGCGACUUGAAGCCUGAGAACAUCAUGCUUACGAGAGACGGAUGCGUCAAGAUCAUCGACUUUGGAUUGAGCGAGAUCUUCAGCGGUCCGCACCCCAGCUUCCGCAUUGGUAUGGACGUCGAGAAUUUCAAGGUCGAUCGUGUUAGAUACUCGCAACCGGCCAUCUUUGGAUCCCAACCUUACAUCUCUCCUGAAGUUAUGGACGCCAAGGAUGCUUACGACCCAAGAGGUCUUGACGUUUGGUCAUGUGGUAUCAACUUCCUGAGCAUGAUCUUUGGCGUACAUCCAUGGGUCAAGGCCACACCCGACAAUACAAAUUACAAGAAGUAUGUCAACGGAUGGAACAAGUGGCUGAAAGACCACCCUGACGGAAUCAUCGAACCUGGGUCGGAGGAUUACCCGGACUGUGGCAAGCUCUUCCACCUCCUCAACAGCAGCUCGUUGGAGCGCUUGGUGUUGAGAAUGCUCAAUCCCAACCCGGAAAAGCGUAUCAGCAUCGCCGAGGCGCUCUCAUCAGAUGUCGUGCGCAGGAUGGACUGCUGCCAAAGAGUGUCGUACGAAGAGAAUGCACCAACCGACGUCAGACACAAUCACACACCACCAGCUCCGGUGCAGAAAGACACCAACCCCGUCAAGAAGUGGCUUCAUGAGCGAAAAGAGUCGAGUCGCCAUGUCCCUAAGAAGUGA